AUGGAGAAAAUUGGAGAAUCGCCGUGGAAUGAGUUGACAGAUAUUGAGGAGUAUCAUCAUACCGUUCUUCUGAGCAAUAAAAUUUGGCUGUUUAGCCGAAAAUUUCGAUGCUGGGGGAGCGAGGGUAAUAUUGAUAUUAGGAGCACAAUAAUAUAUGUGCUCACCUGUUUUAUUUUGAGACCAUCCACAAAUAAUUCGGCUACAUUUUUAGAUGUUCCUCAACCAACACAUAACUUUGGCCACUAUGUUACUUAUCGAGGAGGAUACUCAAUCUAUUUUGGAUUGGAUUCAAAGCAAUGGUCGCAAAAGGUCACAUAUCCACCGGUUUGUGAAGACGAAAAUCUGGAGGAAAUAAUAUUUGUGGUGAAAUCCAGAAUCCUCCUUUUGCUCUACAGCCAUUUUGGAGGGAUUUCUUUUAAAAAUCUGUACGGCUUUGAUGAAAUUAAUCGUACUUGGCAUCAACUGAAAUCGUUCCAGGUUGAUGAAAGCUGUAACGAAAUUGUUAGUGGCGCUUGGAAAGCUGAUCUUACCUUCGUUGAAGGACCAGACUCAGACAGUGAAGCCUUCUUUAUAUCGUCUACAGAAUCGUCCCUAAAUUUCAUUAAAUUCAAAAUCGCUGAUGACUUGUCUGCAAGUAUGUGUACGAUUUACAAGAAGAGUAAGACGGAUACGUUUAAACGGCCGGUUCUUGCAACCUGGAUAAACAAUAGUAUCUUUUGGUUAGAUGGCAUACACGGCUGUGGGUUCAGGAUUCAGCCAAACGUUCUCAACGAAGUGAAUAUAGUGCAACAGGAGGAAUCCAAACAUGAGAUUGCUGGGGACUAUCCGCCAUUCUCGUACAAUGGAGCAAGGUGCACUAAGCUGUGUCAGUCUGGAGAGUGGAUACAUGCAACAGGCGAUACUGCAGUUGGAAUGACUAGUGUCAAAUUUUGCGGUCAAAUUUGGUCCCUUGCUGUAGCGGGUUCGCCAUACAAGUGGAAGAAGUUAGAACCUGAAGUGCCGGAAUGUGAUAAUGUUAGGCUAAUAGUAACAGUUUCGAAAGAGAAGGUAGUAUAUAUAGUGGACCCGAAGGCAGGAGUUUCAAAGCUGCAAUUGUAG